ACACACACUCACACACACUCACACGCACGUACACACGCGAGCUGGAUGAACAGCGAGUUCCGCGUCAGCAGCGUUUGUCCCGGAGAAGCUCCGAUAACGAGAUCGGCAGUGAAAACAUCGGUCCAUGUGGGAGAGUUCCCUCAACAUGAGGAUCACUGACUGAGUUCGGACUCUAACGCACACUGUCCGGGGACUACAGUUCAGAACCCACUUCAACUGGAGUUUCACUGUCGGGCGCAAUUACGCACCAGUACGAUGGCACUGGUUUUGGACAGACGGGCUCCGGUGCUGCUCCUGGCGUGGAGCUACUGCGUCCUGGCGGACUUCGCCUUCACGAACUUCACCCUGGACAACGAGUUCCACUCCAGCUUCAUCCACCGUCGCCUGAAGAGCCAGGAGCGCAGGGAAAUGCAGCGGGAGAUCCUGUCGAUCCUCGGGCUCCCGCACCGGCCGCGACCCCACCUCUACGGAAAACACAACGCAGCCCCGAUGUUCAUGUUGGACUUGUACAACGCCAUGUCCACGGAGGGUGGCGAGGACAGAUACUCCUAUCCUUACAAGCCCGUCUUCACCACCCAGGGCCCCCCCAUCGCCAGCCUGCAGGACAACAACUUCUUGAACGAUGCAGACAUGGUGAUGAGCUUCGUCAAUUUAGUGGAACACGACAAAGAAUUCCUCCCAGUGCGUCGGCAUCACCGGGAGUUCAGGUUCGACCUUUCACGGAUCCCGGAGGGCGAAGCCGUGACCGCGGCGGAGUUUCGUAUUUAUAAAGACUUUAUCCACGAAAGUUAUAACAACGAGACGUUCCGCAUCAGCGUCUACCAGGUGCUGGAGGAACACUCCGACAGAGUGUCGGACCUGUUCCUGCUGGACUCCCGGGUCAUCUGGGCGGCGGAGGAGGGCUGGCUGGUGUUUGACGUCACGGCCACCAGUAACCACUGGGUCCUGAACCCAGGCAGGAACCUGGGGCUGCAGCUGGCCUUAGAGACCAUGACUGGAGAGAGUAUCAAUCCCAGGAUAGCGGGCCUGAUUGGGCGCAGUGGGCCUCAGAAUAAACAGCCCUUCAUGGUGGCGUUCUUCAAAGCCACAGAAGUUCACCUGCGAAGUAUUCGCUCAGCGUCCACCGGGGGCAAACAGCGAAACCCCAACAGAUCCAAGGGAACCAAGAACCAAGAGGCUCUCCGCGUGGCCAGUGUAGCCGAAAACAGCAGCUCUGAUCAGAAGCAGGCGUGUAAGAAGCACGAGCUGUUCGUCAGCUUCAGAGACCUGGGCUGGCAGGACUGGAUCAUCGCUCCGGAGGGAUACGCAGCGUACUACUGUGAGGGGGAGUGUGCCUUCCCCCUCAACUCCUACAUGAACGCCACCAACCACGCCAUCGUGCAAACACUCGUCCAUUUCAUCAACCCAGAGACGGUCCCUAAGCCGUGCUGCGCCCCCACCCAGCUCCACGCCAUCUCCGUGCUCUACUUCGACGACAGCUCCAACGUCAUCCUCAAGAAGUAUCGCAACAUGGUGGUCAGAGCCUGCGGCUGCCACUAGCGUCUUUCCUCAGACACACACACACACACACACACACACUCGUGCUUCCUACUGUGUACACAGACAUUAAAGCAGUGAUUGUACUGUAUUUUCCUUCACGCUCGUCUUUUCUUCUCACUAACUGUUGUAGUCCUUCCUUCCUUCUUUAUUUCUUUUUUUUUUUACUGUAGAUUUAUAUUUGUAUAUUUUUAUGACUGAGAAACCCGGGUUGUAGUUUUGAGUACUUUUUGUGUACAUUAUUGUGUAAAUAUUUUUUUUUUCAAAUGAAGCAAAAAAAA